GAGAGUGUGUUGUACUGAGCUUUGUCUGCUCCCUGAAUUCAACUCCUCUCUCUCUCCCCACCAUUUCCAAGCUCAAACCUCGCAAGUUUCUGUUUUCACUUCCUUCGCAUUAGCUCCUACUCUAAAGAGGCUCUUUAGAGUACUGUUGCAUUGUGUUUAAAAUGGAUUCUGGCAUUCCUAGCUUGGAUGGUUUUGUGGCCUCUGGAAGUAACCAAGCUGCUUCACAAUCACAAGUCUCACUCAUUGAGGCCAAUAACCAAAAGGCUCAGCAAGUCAGGUUAGCUAGGCAAGAGAGACCAUCUGAUGCAUGGAGGACGAUAUCAAACUAUAUGCCUAAAGGUACUAUUGAUUUCUCAAUCCCCAAGACAAUGCUAUUAAACCAGGGCGCUACUUUGUUGACAACUGCUGAUUCUAUGGUCUAUGGUGAUUCUCACCAACCAGGGCAAAUGCUCAAUUUUCCUUCACUUAGAGCAGAAGUUGCUUCAUUUCUAAGUAAAGAUGAUGGGUUGGCUGAGAGAACCCUCCCAAACUACACUAGCUUUCCUCACUAUCAAUCGCCACCAUCUGCUUAUACUAGAACUGGAGGUUACGGUGGUGCAAGUUUGAAUGCAGGCAUGAAUGGGCCUUCCACAGUUGCAAAAGGACCAUUCACUCCAUCUCAGCGGAUGGAGUUAGAAUACCAGGUUUUGAUAUUCAAGUACCUCUCUGCAAAUGUUCCUGUGCCUCCUGAGUUGCUUACGCCCCUAAAGAAGCCGCUCUACCCUUAUCCAUAUGGCUUUUCUGGUGGAUUCUACGGUCCCAAUUCAAUGGGAUGGGGCACUCUCGGCCAUAUGGGUUACAUGGGUAGCCCCGUCGAUCCUGAGCCUGGAAGGUGUCGUAGAACAGACGGGAAGAAAUGGCGGUGCUCAAGGGACGUUGUUGGUGACCAGAAGUAUUGUGAAAGGCACUUGAAUAGGGGCAGACAUCGUUCAAGAAAGCUCGUGGAAGGUCAAACUGUCCUUGCCACCGGCCAGAUCACCAAUUCAAAGGCGAUGCCAGCGACUAGCUCCACCUCAACGCUGGUAAUCAGCAACGGAGAUGCCUCCAAAAAGCUUGUGAAUGUGAUCACACAGCGACAGUCUAGGAUUUUAAAAACUGCUACUGCUGUCAACCUGGAAUCUGACGAGUCUCCUUUCACUGUCCUCCCUAAAACUAUUGAAGAAGAAUCCCCACUAUCGGAAUUUGGAAAUAUUUCCGCUGAGUCUUUUAUAAGUUCUUCAAAGAGGAGGAGGUAUGUGAACUCUAGAGAUUCUGAGCCUUUCUUAAGCUUCAAUGAGCAGGAGACCCAAGACCAACAUCCUCUUCGCCAAUUCAUUGAAGAUUGGCCUAAGGACCAAUGCAGUCGCUCUGCCAUUAGUUGGCCUGAAGAGUUGAAAUCUGACUGGACCCAGCUCUCAAUGUCAACCCCAAUGUAUGAGAAAAUUGCACUCUCACCAUCAAUGUCAUCUCGAGAGUUUGAUCCUAACCGAAUGGGUUUGGGGAUGAGUAGCGACUUCAAUGAGUUAAGUAAAAAGCAAAGCAACUGUGUUCCUAUCUCUCGGGGAACUUCAACGAGUGGUCCUUUACCAGAGGUCGUAAACAGCAAUAGUAUCAGUAAUGCAGGUGGUUCCAAGAGCUCAUUAACACCUUAAGAUAAGGAAGAUGAAGGUCAUGAAGGAAGAAAGUGAAGAAGCUUGGAGGCGCUUGCAUGAUAAACUUCAUAAUAAUUGGAUUUUAUUUUCAAGAUGGAAGACUCGGUUGAUCCUAAUUAUCAGCCAAUUUUGCUCAUACCGAGCUAUGGGCUUUGUGGUUUAUGAUUUAGAAAACUUUCUGAAUAUUUCCAUUGGGCUUUAAGUGUUAGGUUGAGUUUCCUCUUAUAUUAUUUAUCAGGAUAUAAAAACAUUGAAAAAUGAUAUAUUAUUUAUGCUAUUAA